GCUACAGCUACGCCAUCAAGCAGAUGGCGGGGCUAAUCGUGCCGUCCGCGCGCCGCGCCAGCACCAAUCUCGACAGCCCCUCCGCCGUCGCCAGCGCCGUGCGCGACGCCAAGCCCGACCCGCGCACCGCGCAGCUCGCCGCCAUCUUGUACAGCAACCGCGCUGCGGCCUACUUGAAGCUUGAGAAAUACGACAAGCUCCCCUUUCCGUUGCCUCAUUGCCUUGCUUGCGUUUCUUCUGACCUUUCCGCAUUCCUCCUCUCCCUCUCCCUGCGUGGCGGGCCCACCCAACAGGCGGCGGUGGAUGCGGGGGCGGCGGCGGGGAUAGACGCGAGCAACUUCAAGGCGUGGCUGCGCAAGGCCAUGGCGCACAAGGAGCUAGGGCAGUGGUACGACUGCCACGUGGCGUGCAAGGCCGCCCUGCGCCUGGAGCCCGCCAACGAGGACGCGAGGAGCCUGUUCGAGGAGUCGCAGUUCAAAAUGGGGUCCGUGCCGCAGCACCCCGCCCCCCAGCCACAGGCAGCGCCGGCGCCACAGCCCUCGUCAAAGAGGUUCGGCUUGUUUGGCAGAAGAUGA